AUGAGCCGAAGAAGCCAGCUGAGCGACUCUGAACGUGCCGACGUAAUCAAGCUGCUCGCUGCUGGGAAGACUACCUUGGAAAUUUCGAAGAUCUUGAAGCGGGAUCAUCGUACCAUCAAGACCUUCGUCGCUAACCCCGAGAAACGUCCGAAGGGGCACCGCGGGCCCACGAAAAAGUCCGUUACCGCUCGAGAGAAAACCAGGCUGAAGCGUGCCAUGGCCAAGCAGCCGUUAGGGACCAGCAAGGAGAUAUUCGAAGCGGCUGGUGUAUCCAUGAAGCCAAAAUCAUCACGUAACAGGGUGCUGGGCCAGCUCGGUAAGGUGCGGAAAUCAGUCGGCAAGCCCUCUCUGACCGCCCGACACAAGACGAUGAGACUUGAUUGGGCUCGGGAGAACAUCAAGAGGGAUUUUUCAACUGUCCUGUGGACCGACGAGUGCCGGGCAACCUUGGAUGGCCCCGAUGCGUGGGCAUCAGGAUGGAUCCUGCACGGCACGUCGCCCCCACCCAGGAUGAAGCGACAACAGAAGGGUGGCGGCGUCAUGUUCUGGGCGGGGAUCAUUGAUGAUAUCGUGGUUGGGCCCUUCAGAGUAGAGCACGGGGUGAAAAUGGAUUCCAAAGCGUAA